UUUCCUGCCUAGGCUAGCUUUGAGCAGUGAUCCUCAGAUCUCAGCCUCCUGAGUACCUAGGAUUAUAAGCUUGAGUCACCAGUACUGUUCCCUUGAUGCUUUUAACCUGGGACAUUAUCUACCUCCCCUGUGGAAGAGGGAACAGAAGCCACCUGCAUUCCCAGGCUUACCUGGAAGCCUUUAUGAAUGAGUGGCUCAUGGUACAAGCGAGGGUCCGGACACUGUUCGUCAGUGGCCUCCCCGUGGACAUUAAGCCCAGAGAACUCUACCUGCUUUUCCGGCCGUUCAAGGGAUACGAAGGGUCUCUGAUCAAGCUCACCUCCAGACAGCCUGUUGGUUUUGUGAUCUUUGACAGCCGGGCAGGAGCUGAAGCAGCUAAGAAUGCACUGAAUGGUAUUCGCUUUGAUCCUGAGAACUCACAGACCCUGAGGCUAGAGUUUGCCAAAGCCAACACCAAGAUGGCCAAGAGCAAGCUAAUGGCGACACCAAAUCCUGCCAACGUUCACCCUGCCCUAGGAGCACAUUUCAUCGCCCGGGACCCCUAUGACCUGAUGGGGGCUGCUUUGAUCCCCGCCUCCUCAGAGGCCUGGGCUCCUUACCCUUUGUACACCACAGAGCUGACCCCGGCCAUCUCACACUCGGCGUUCACCUACCCUGCUGCCACCGCUGCCCUCCAUGCGCAGGUACGCUGGUACCCCUCCUCCGAUAGCGCCCAGCAAGGAUGGAAGUACCGCCAGUUCUGUUAGUUUUUUGGUCUUGUCACCGGGGAGUUGGUUCUGGGACUGUGUGGUGGGGCAGAGCAGGGCCCCCGGACUUCACC